AUGUUCAACGAUAUUUCUAAACCUCCCCCUCCGCUGCCAUCACCAAAGUUAGCAGAGUUGGACAGCGGCAUUCAUAUUCUCAAUCCAUUGUCCAGACGUGGUGAUGGGCCUGGUAUUAUCCUCCUUACCCUGGACUAUGCGGAUCAAUUGACAAUUACGAAUGGCGUCCCUUCACCAAUCAUGAAAUGGGCGGAGGAAGGAUACGUUGUCGUUGAGGUCCAACAGUCGGCUUUGGAACGAGAUUGUGGGAAGGCUAUUGCCGUUGCCAUCAAGGCGAUUGCAGCUCACGACAAGUGCAAUUCCUCCAAAGUCGGACUUGUCGGUAAGGAUGUCUCUAUGUUCUUCGUACCAGUGGUUUUCUUUUCCAUUGAGCAAUCUCUAACAAAGUGCGCAGCGUACAAGCCAGAGGUAUGGAAUCGCGUAGUGCCAGUACUACAUCAAUUCGAGCAAAUUGUCGGCGCAGUUGUUUACAGCCACAGCGGCUUCAAAGACGAACUGGCGACACCAUCAAUCCCAGUUCUGCAACACAUCGCAGGCAAAGCGUCUGGACCCUCGAAAAGAUCAGACGCUCUAACAGUGUACCACUAUUCUUCGGUCGCACCAGAGUUUGCGGUGCCGUUCCAACCAGACUUUCAUUACAACUCAGAGUCUCUCUCGCACACACGGAAUCUCAAGUUUCUGAAACCGCUGAUGGACGGGCCGUAUUUUGAUCUGGAAACGAUCUGGGACGAGCACACAUACUACGAGUUUGCGGAUCGAUCAGUGGAGCAUACGAUGAGCACCAUGGUCGCUGAGCCAUAUGUCAAUCAUGUUCCGACAUUGACUGGUGGUAUUGGCCGCGAACGUCUGACGACCUUUUACCGAGACAACUUCAUCUUUAAUAACUCCGCUGAUACUGAUUUGGAGCUGAUCAGCCGUACGGUGGGCAUUGACCGCGUUAUUGACGAGUUCAUAUUCAAGACGACGCACGAUCAGGAAGUCGACUGGCUGCUUCCCGGCGUUCCGCCCACUAAUCGCAAGCUCGAGAUUCCGUUCACCGCGGUCGUAAACAUCCGUGGAGACAGGUUAUACCAUGAACAUAUCUCUUGGGACCAAGGUACAGCACUCAGACAGCUUGGUCUGCUGCCGGAGUAUCUACCGUUUCCGUACGCUCUCCCCGAUGGAAGGACGCCAGCACCAGGCAAGAAGUUUGAGUACAAGGUUCCCGUGCUUGGACUGGAAACUGUCGAGAAGAUGCGGGAUAAGAACUCGGUAGAAUCGAAUGAGUUGUUUGGAGGCAAGAUACGGGAAUUUUAG